AUGGCGACAGAAAACAGGACAAAGUACCGCGUUGCGAUCCUGGAGCAUGCGAAGCAGACAGGCUGCAACGACAGCCAGGCCAUCAUGGAUGCCUUGCUGAUGCGGCACGUGAAGAAAUCCGACUUCCCGGCCAUGCCCUUUGGAUACAGCCAGGACGGCUUCUUCAUUGAGCCUCCCCCGCCAGAUGUGCAGGCCUGGACAAGCACCUACCUGGCAGAAGUCGAACAGCAGCCUGGGGAUGCCGGCGGCCAUGCCGGUGCUGAAAGCACUCCCCAAGACAUCAAUCCCAGGAGGGCCGCCGAGGAUUUGCCAGACGACCCUGCAGCAUCCAGACCCAGCUUCGGAGAGAUCAUCACGCGGGGCCUUGCCCGGUUCGAGGAGCACUACAGGCUGCAGGGGAUAGCCCGCAGCGAUGAGGAGUGGAAGAAGCUCUGUCAUUCACUCCGCCAGCCGCUUCCCAUCUCCUUCCGGUUCACGAGGGCGCCCAACGCCGCCGAAGAAGAGUUCCAGCAGUUCGCGGAGGAGCUCAGGGACGGCUGCCACACUGCGCGCGGGCGGUACGUGCCGGCACCGCACAUGUUUGACUUCGCCAAGAUGGUCUCGCUGGGCUGCGAUGACCGGACGUUGAAGCAGGAGCAGCGCGAGGCUCCCGAGGCACCUCUGGCGAGACUCGGCCGGUGGCUGAGUCGCCGCGUGCCGGAGGGAUUGAUCUCCAGGCAGGAAGUGGUUUCUGCCGUUCCAGUGGCGCUGCUGGGAGUGGAGCCGGGCCACACUGUUCUAGACGUCUGCGCGGCGCCUGGGUCGAAGACGCUGCAGGCAAUUGAAAAGGCUUGUCCCAGUGGCGACAGCGAGGGCACUGGCGCAGUGGUUGCCAACGAGCUCAGCGCUACGCGCGCCUGGGUCCUUGCCCGGAGGUGCGCGCUCCUUGGCCCAGCCGCGGGCGCCGUGGCGGUGGUCCAGCACAAGGCUCAGGUCUUCCCAGGUCCGGGCCUUUUCGACCGCAUCAUUUGUGACGUACCCUGCAGCGGCGACGGCACCAUGCGGAAGCACCCGGAGAAGUGGCGAUCCUGGAGUCCGCACCUUGGCCGGGAACUCCAUGCCCGACAGCUGCAAAUUGCCAUGCGCGGUCUAGCGCUCCUGCGCGUGGGUGGUCAGAUGACGUACAGCACCUGCUCCUUCAACCCUCUGGAGAACGAGGCUGUCGUGGCCAGCCUCCUCCACCGUACCGAUGGCGCUGUGGUGCUCAAGCGGCCGCAGUCGCUUCAGGGGUUGCCGGUGCGGCCUGGAUUGCAACACUGGGAGGUCGUGGAUGAAUCCGUAGGGUUGCUGACCACCUAUGACGACAUCCUCCGCCUGCCCAAGAUGUUACGACGCCGGUACCGCCGCUCCAUGUGGCCGCCAAAGAAUGCGAAGGACCUGAAUCUCCAGCGGUGUGUGCGGUGCGUGCCUUUCCUGGCGAACACCGGCGGCUUCUUCGUGGCGGUUCUCGCCAAAGUGCGAGAGUGGCCGGCCCCCGGCGAGCCCCUGCAAUCAUCGGCAUCGGAGGCAUCCUUCUGA